AUGUGCUCUGGGAUUAUAGCCCUCUUCCAGAUUGGAGUUGGGGUUCCAACAAAUUUCUUUCUUCUUUUCUUUUAUCUUUUCAAUUUCUUUAUUGGCCAUAGAACGAAACCUAUACAUGUGAUUUACACCCAGAUGAACUUUAUCAACAUUAUGAUGUUCCUUAGCAAAGGAGGAUCAGAUGUACUGACACAUUUGGGGAUGGGGAAUUUUAUGAAUGAUACUGGGUGUAAACUUGUCUUUUAUCUUCACAGACUUUCCCUAGCACUUUCAAUUUGCUUCACUUGCUACCUUUGUACCUUUCAGGCCAUCAUUAUCAGUUCUAGUGUCUCCAGGCUGGGAAACCUCAAAGCUUGGAUCCUAGACCAUAUCAUUCACUCUUGUCUUUUCUUCUGGAUCUUCAACCUAGUUAUAGAAAUACCUGUACUUUUUUCUAUGACAGGUCUAAGAUACAUGAAGAAUAUUACUUAUGAGUUGAAUUUUGGAUAUUGUUCUCUUAAAAAUCAUAAUGAUAUUUACUUGUUUAUGAUUACUGUUAGAAAUGUAUUUUGUGUGGUUCUUAUAGUCUGUGUCAGUUGCUACAUUGUGUAUCUACUAUACAGACAUCAGGAGAAAGUACAGACUAUUUGUAGCAGCAGCAUCUUAGCCAGGGUUUCCCCUGAGAUCAGAGCCACCAAAACUGUCUUGUUGCUGGUGAGUGCCUUUGUCUUCUGUUACUCACUCACUUCUAUCUGUACAAUUUGUAUAUAUUAUUUUUAUCAAGAGCGUUUCUGGCUGUUGUCUAUAUGCACCACUCUGUCUCUAUGUUUCCCAACUGUUAGCCCCUUUAUAUUGCUCUCCUCUGGGUCCAGGAUAUCCCUUGGUUUAUGGGCUGGGAAAAACUCAAAUCGACCUGCCACUCAGCUGCCAAAGUGA